CCCAGCGAGGCAGAGGCAGCCACCAUCUACCAAGUACCAACCCGUGACCAACCAGAGCAGAGGCAGCUCUCUUGGCGUGCUCUGCUCACCUCAGCUCAGCUUACCUCGGCUUGUUCCAAGAUUUUCCCUCACCUGCUCGAUAUCUGUCUCCUUCCCCCAUCCCACCGUAAGGACAAGGGGCGGAGAAGCAAGAAGGGUACAACAAGAGCGCCCGUCGGCGGUCGUCCAUGGCGGGGGAGGCCAAGCAGCUCUUCGACGCGUCCGAGGUCGCCCUCCACUCGUCCAGGAAGGACUGCUGGGUAGCCAUCAGCGGAAAGGUUUAUGAUGUGACCAAGUUCUUGGAGGACCACCCUGGGGGAGAGGAUGUGCUCCUCCAUGCAUCAGCCUCUGGGGAUGCCACGGAGGCAUUUGAAGAGGUGGGGCACAGCACGUCAGCCAUCAGCAUGAUGGACAGCUUCCUGAUAGGAAGCAUCAAGGGCUACGUGCGUCCAAGUGCAUCAAAGGCCACAGAUCCCUGGGGCCUGGAUGCGCCACCAAAUUCCAGGUCGAUGCAAGGGAACGAAGGCCCUCCUAAUCCGAAUACAUUCCUGGACUUCCUACUCCCGUUAUUUGUGCUUGGCCUGGCAUUUGCAGCUUGGUAUUACCUAACCUUCGUCUCCAAGAACUAUUAAGCUCAGUGAGGAUUGUAAUUAAAGAAUGUAAACCUUGUCGUACAGUAACUUGUACUUGAAGAGGUUACUGGCUAUGUUUUAGAGAGACAGAGAAGAGAAAGAAAUGAUUGUAUUUUGCUUAAUUUUCACGAAGCUGUAGUUUUCUUGGAAAUCCUGUUCUUGCAUGUAACACCUAUGUCAACACACAGAUGUUUGAAUGAGACAGUUUGUCCUUAUUUUUGCU